AUGGCUACUACCGCUACCUCAGACGCCGGAGAAGGACCAGUGAUGGCCCUCAUCAACAAACGCCUCCGCGCCCUCCGCAAGAAACUCAACCGAAUCGCCCAAAUGGAAGAAUCGAUCUCCCAGGGCAAAACCCUAAACAAGGAGCAGCAAGAAGUCCUCCGCUCCAAACCCUCCGUCCUCGUCCUCAUCGAAGAGCUCGACAAGCUCCUCAAUCCCCUCUCCAACGCCGUCUCCGAAGAAAUCGCCCUCGCCACGACUCACCACAACGCUCCCUCCUCCGAUCAAACCACCACGGUGGCGGUGGCCCCGGAGGAGAAGGAGAAGGAGAAGGAGGUCGAGAAGCUGGAGGAUUUGGUGAAUCUGUUGUACUUUGGCUCGCUCUUCGACGUGAAGUCGCAGAACGAGCUCGCGUCGAUUAUGAUGACGAGGACGCACGAGAGAGGGUGCUGUUUGGUGUACGAUACGGUUACGGAUGAGUCCACCGCGGAUCUGCUUUGUGAUAAAGAUCUGGACUUGAUCUCGCGACUUUGGAGUAUGAUGGUGUCUAGGCCUGCGGAUUCGAGUUUGUCUCAUAAGAACGCUUUGGAGCGUUGCGUUGAGCAUGCGAAGCUGUGGUUGGCUAACUCGGAUCAGCCGAUUGCUUCCAACUGUGAAGUUUCGUAUGCUACCUUGAGAGAAAAGGUGAAGAAGAUUAUGGGUUCUAAUUACUUCACUAUUACCCCGGAGAUGGUAGUGGCGCCCGUUGAAGCAACGGCUGAAGCUGGUAGCUACGGUUCUUUCCAAGUCGCUGCUGACAGUGAGCAAAAGGAAGAAGACGCAUCAAACUUUAAAGAACAAGAAUCUUACGUUAACGAUCAAUCUGAGCAACCAAAGGAUGAGUCAGUAGUGACGGAAGGAGAGGUGGUUCAAGGACAGCAGGAACAAGGCUACACUCAGGUGGAAGGAGGGAGGUCAAAGAGAGAUUACCAGCAGCAACAGUAUGUGCCACGAGGAUUCCACCAGAACCAGAGAGGUCAUCGAGGUGCUAGAAGAGGCCAUUCCAAUGCCCCCCUGGGAGGUCGUGGUGGUGGUGGCGGAUACUCAAACGGGCGGUAUGAAUCUUAUGAUAAUUCAGGUGGAAACGGUUACCAAAGGAGCCACUACAACAACAGAGGAAGGGGACGUGGUGGUGGAGGAAAUGGCCAUUCAUACAACAACAACCACCAAGACUCUGAUGUUAGUGUUGCGUCUUAGCUUUGCUGCCUCUUUAUGGCUUUUGAGUGCGUCUCUCUAUGUUUUCCGCUAUAACUCAUAUAUAAGCCUUGUCUCGGGUUUGGAACUUUAAUCAAAUGGCGUUCUUUUGUUAUGUAUGAACUUUUGUUUUUGUCUUUUGUGGCCAUCAAAAUGCUCCUUUCUUUUUCUCU